AUGGAUUUUGAGGAAGAUGAAGCCUUCUAUCAACACCCAAAACAAAGCAAACCCAUUAACCAUUCUCAACUUCCAUCAACUUCAAUUCAAGAUUCAAUCUUGAAAAUCCCUAUUCUGCCCGUAUCUGCUAAUAACAAAGAUCACACACACCACAGGCUUGUGUUGAGUGGUGUUGACGCCUUUUACAAUCUUAAGGAUUGUUCUCUUAGAUCUUUACUUAGUAGUGACUCUGUGACUGAGGCAUUUGACUUGGAUUAUCCCAUGAAAAACCCUACCCCCAAGAAAAUAAAGUUCAAGAAAUUGUUUGAUGCUAGACCUAUCGGUACACCUGUUUGUUCUAAAUAUGGUUUUGGAUAUGAUGAGUCCCAUCAUGAUUAUAAGGUAGUAUUAGUUAUGUUUUAUGAUUGCACAUAUGUAAGUUUGGAUCCUGUUAAGGUCAAAAUAUAUAGUCUAAAGAGUGAUUACUGGAGAACUGUUGUUGGGGAUUUUCAAGGUGGAAUGCGAUCCACUCAGGCGGGUAAGUUUGCAAAUGGGAAGCUUCAUUGGGCUACGAAUGAUGAUGACUGGAACAUCAUUUCUAUUGAUUUGGCUGAUGAGAAAUGGGGCAAGGUUGAGCAGUCCUGCUAUGGAGAAGGAUAUAGUCUUUUGCAUCUGGCAGUGUUGAGAAGUGAUCUUUCUGUCUGUUGUAAUUAUAUGAGUAGUCACACAGAUGUGUGGGUUAUGAAAGAGUAUGGGGUUAAAGAGUCUUGGAUAAAAAUGUAUACCAUCAAAUAUCUUAGUGAUCUUGAGAAUCCUUAUUUUUCUCGUUUGCUUCCUCCAACUCUUUGCAUGUCAAAAAAAGGUGAAAUAUUGCUUGUUAUUGGAUCAACUCUCAUGAUACACAAUCCAGAGGAUGAAUCGACCAGAUAUACAAAGGUUGCUGAGUAUCUUGAGAUUGAUUUUGAACUACAAGCAGAUCUUCCCUCUGCUACUUAUAUGUUGAUGCUAGUGAUGAUUUGUUCAACUUGUAAUGAAUAUCCAGUGAUACAUGGUGAAGUUACUUGA